AUGGCUGGAAACGCGUGGAGGUCAACGAUUAUAAAUCUACUGGAGAGAUACGGUUUGUGGAUAAGUAACAAGAACAAAACGCAGGAAGUGUCCCGAGUCAUGGGGGCAAUGAAAAGCCAAGCCCCCCAUCCCCGUACUUUCACAAGAGGGAUGCAGACAGUAACACUAAUCCCUGGAGAUGGCAUCGGCCCAGAGAUCUCCACUGCUGUCAUGAAGAUAUUUGAAGCAGCUAAAGUACCCGUCCAAUGGGAGGAAAGAAAUGUUACUGCCAUUAAAGGACCAGGGGGCAAGUGGAUGAUUCCUCCUGAGGCGAAAGAAUCCAUGGACAGGAGCAAAAUUGGACUGAAAGGACCCCUGAAGACCCCCAUUGCUGCCGGUCACCCAUCCAUGAACCUGUUACUUAGGAAGACCUUUGACCUUUACGCUAAUGUCCGCCCGUGUGUGUCCAUCGAGGGCUAUAAAACCCCGUACACCGACGUGGACCUGGUGACCAUCCGAGAGAAUACAGAGGGAGAGUACAGUGGCAUUGAACAUGUGAUAGUCGAUGGAGUCGUACAGAGCAUUAAGCUGAUCACGGAGGAGGCCAGCAGACGCAUUGCUGAGUAUGCAUUCGAAUACGCCAGGAAUAACCAAAGAGCCAGCGUUACGGCUGUUCACAAAGCCAACAUCAUGCGUAUGUCUGACGGGCUGUUCCUGAGGAAAUGCAGAGAGGUGGCUGAAAACUACAAGGAUGUGAAGUUCACAGAGAUGUACCUGGAUACAGUGUGUCUAAACAUGGUUCAGGAUCCCACUCAGUUUGAUGUUCUGGUCAUGCCCAACCUUUACGGAGACAUUUUGAGUGAUCUGUGUGCCGGACUCAUCGGAGGUCUCGGUGUGACUCCCAGUGGAAAUAUCGGCGCUAACGGUGUUGCCAUAUUUGAAUCGGUCCAUGGAACUGCUCCCGAUAUUGCAGGUAAAGACUUGGCCAACCCCACGGCCCUGCUGCUCAGUGCUGUGAUGAUGCUACGUCACAUGGGCCAGCAUGGACACGCAAAGAGGAUCGAGGCGGCCUGCUUCGACACCAUCCGCGAGAAAAAGGUUCUGACCAAAGACCUUGGCGGAAACUCCAAGUGUUCAGAGUUCACGGCAGAGAUCUGUCGAAGAGUACAGGAUAUGGAAUAAGGCAUGGAUCUGUCCAAUGUCAUCGUCACGUGUUAGGGGGCUUACUCCCCAAAGAACACGCAUGGAAAAACGUCGAAUCUGUCUUCAUAUCAUUCUCUACUCUGCGCACAAAGCUACUCUAAAUGUCUGUGUAUCUAAUGAAAACAACUCCAGGAGAAGGACUGCUUGAAUGUCCUCUCCCUCCAGAACACAAAGGCACUGUCUUAAACCUGUGUCCUAUGGUUAGUGUGUUUGUGAGAUGUGUUUUAUUCUUUGUUAAAAAAGAAGAAAGAAAAACUUCAUAAUCUCUAUUUAUUGACUGGAAAUCUCUAUGGUUAUGUCCAUUUCAACACAACUUUGCCAUUUUGUCAUUUUAAUGGCUAAUA